UCUCGCUCCACCCCCUCCUUCUCGCUCGCGCGCUCCCCUCCCCCCAGCCAGUCGUUCUGCUGCGCAGCUUUCUUAGCGGUUGUUGCCGCCGGAGACGGUUGGAAGGACCGUUGUGGGGAGUGCUACGCCAGGCGGCCGCCUUCUCCCUCCUCACGACCGCACCCUGCGGGCACCGGAGAGGGCGUUACUGUCUCCUGACAGGCAUUUAAUCAAACGGUAUUGAGAUGGAUUGGGUUAUGAAACAUAAUGGUCCAAAUGACGCUAGUGAUGGGACAGUACGACUUCGUGGACUGCCAUUUGGUUGCAGCAAAGAGGAAAUAGUUCAGUUCUUUCAAGGGUUGGAAAUCGUGCCAAAUGGGAUAACAUUGACGAUGGACUACCAGGGGAGAAGCACAGGGGAGGCCUUCGUGCAGUUUGCUUCAAAGGAGAUAGCAGAAAAUGCUCUGGGGAAACACAAGGAAAGAAUAGGGCACAGGUAUAUUGAAAUCUUCAGAAGUAGCAGAAGUGAAAUCAAAGGAUUUUAUGACCCACCGAGAAGAUUACUGGGACAGCGACCGGGACCAUAUGAUAGACCAAUAGGAGGAAGAGGGGGUUAUUAUGGAGCUGGGCGUGGAAGUUAUGGAGGUUUUGAGGACUACGGUGGCUAUAAUAACUAUGGCUAUGGAAAUGAUGGCUUUGACGAUAGGAUGAGAGAUGGAAGAGGUAUGGGAGGACAUGGUUAUGGUGGAGCUGGUGAUGCAAGUUCAGGUUUUCAUGGUGGUCAUUUUGUACAUAUGAGAGGGUUGCCUUUUCGUGCAACUGAAAACGACAUUGCUAAUUUCUUCUCGCCAUUAAACCCAAUACGAGUUCAUAUUGAUAUUGGAGCUGAUGGCAGAGCAACGGGAGAAGCAGAUGUAGAGUUUGUGACACAUGAAGAUGCAGUGGCUGCUAUGUCUAAAGAUAAAAAUAACAUGCAACAUCGAUACAUUGAACUCUUCUUGAAUUCUACUCCUGGAGGUGGCUCAGGAAUGGGCGGCUACGGCAGAGAUGCAAUGGAUAACCAGGGAGGCUACGGUUCUGUUGGAAGAAUGGGAAUGGGAAACAAUUACAGUGGAGGAUAUGGCACUCCUGAUGGCUUAGGUGGUUAUGGCCGGGGUGGUGGUGGCGGCGGCAGCGGCGGGUACUAUGGACAAGGUGGCAUGAGUGGAGGUGGCUGGCGUGGGAUGUACUGAAUUGUAUCCAGCAAUAUCCAAGUCCUGACAACAACAUUCAUCUGGUCUACUAGACUUUCUUACCAAUUUUUUUUGUAUUUUAAGAACUUUAUAAUGACUGAAGGAAUGUGUUUUCAAUAUAUUAUUUGGUAAAGCAACAGACUGUGGUGGGAAAAUCUGUUUUCUUUAGGUUUAAUUUGUUGCAUACUUUGACUUUAAAGAAUAAAUUUUUAUAUUCAAACCACUGAUGUUGAUACUUUUUAUAUACUAGUUCUAAGGAUGUGCUGCCUUCAUAAAAUUUGGGUUGAUGUAUUUUAAUAUUCGCUCUUUAAGAUGUAGUAUAGUGU